CUUGUGCAUCUCAUCAUCUCUCUAACUCUCUACUCUCUAGUGAUCAUAAGGUUUCCUUUUUGGAGAAAACGUUAUAGAAAAGUGAAGACUUAUGUUUUGUUUUUGUACCUCAAUAUAAACAAUUUAAAGAGAAGAAGUGCUGAUAGAGAAUCUAUUAAAGUGAGAAACGAAGAAUUUUUAGAAGUGAAAAAAGUUAACAGAUCAAAAUGGGGAGGCCACCUUGCUGUGAUAAAAUUGGAAUGAAGAAAGGGCCAUGGACACCUGAAGAAGACAUACUUUUAGUUACUUAUAUUCAAGAACAUGGUCCUGGCAAUUGGAGAUCCGUUCCUACUAGUACUGGUUUACUUAGAUGCAGUAAAAGCUGUAGACUUCGAUGGACUAAUUACUUAAGGCCUGGUAUCAAAAGAGGUGAAUUUACUGAUCAUGAAGAAUCCAUGAUCAUACAUCUCCAAGCUCUUCUUGGCAAUAGAUGGGCAGCAAUAGCUUCAUACCUUCCACAAAGAACAGACAAUGACAUAAAGAAUUAUUGGAAUACCCAUUUGAAGAAGAAGCUAAGAAAAACUCAAACAGGCUGUAGUGAUGAGCAUGAUUUAAAUAGAGAUGGGGAGCCAUCAUCACCAUCAACAUCGUCAAAUUCAGAUCAAACAAGAAAAACAGUAGGAUCUAAAGGGCAAUGGGAAAGAAGGCUUCAAACUAAUGUAGAUAUGGCUAGGCAAGCUCUUUAUGAAGCCUUAUCUAUUGAUCAUACUCAUCAUAAACCCACACCAAAUAACUUGUCGCUUCCUUCUUCAACUUCUACUGCUUCAAUUCAUGACAACUCUUCAUUCAAUAGUAUGAUGAACAUGAAACAACAAAUCUUAGCUCCUCUAGCAACAACUUCUACAACUCCUUAUGUUUCAAACACCGAAAACAUCUCAAGGUGGCUACAAGGAUGGAAGAACAAUAGUAUCAACUCAACAUCAUCAACAACAUCGUCAACAAAAGAUAAUAAACACGUUAGAUCUUCAUCAGAAAGUACACAGAAUUCUUUCAUCAAUUAUUCAUCAAAUACUACAGCUACCAGUGAAGGAACUCCACAUAAUCAUCAUCAAGCUUUUGUUCAUCAUCAACACAAUAAUAGCGAUGAUAUUUUAUCGCCUGAAGCAGCUUUGGAAUCAUUUUUGAGUUUUGACAAUUCUUCAUCAUCAACCGUUACCGCCACUCCUCCUCCAGAUGUCCCGAAAUGUGAAUUACUUGAAAAGAACUUUUUCAUUUAUGAGACUAGUAAACAAGGUUCGCAGAGUAGUAGCGAUAAUACAACAGCACAAGUUCCAUUCUCAAUGCUUGAGAAAUGGUUGUUUGAUGAAGGUAUUAAUACUCUUCAAGAAGAUCAUCAACAUCAACAUAAUCAUAAUCAUCAAGCUGGUUUUCUCACUCUAGCUGACACUGCUGAUUUGUUCUUGUCAUCAUAGUUAAUUAUUAUGUACGUAGAAUGUUUUGCUGUUGUUUUUCUUUGUUACUUAAUCAGUCUUUUUCUCUCUUUUUUUUUUUUUUGACUUUAAUAUUAAGGCCUUGGAACAGAUAUAGGACUAUAAUUAGUGGAAGUCAAGUUUGGCCUGAUGAUGAAAAUCGAUCAAAUAUAUGGAUCAUUUCAUCAACUUGUUAAUGUAGUAAAAAAACCAAGUGUAAAUUUGAGAAUCCGUGUCUCACUUAUAUAUACAUAAUGAGAUCUUGUAUCAAGUGGAUUUAUAUUUCAAGAAAUCAA